GAGGAAACUACAGAUAUUGGAACUGAAGGUGGCACGGGAGCGCGCAGAGAGGACAACGCGAGAGCGCGUCCUCGCCAGUCAUUCCAGUAGUGUCAAGAUACCCGACCGAUACAGAGGAAUGGCAAGAGGUGAAGGACAUCUCACUGGAGGCCACAGGAGCUUUGUGAAGCCAGCGGGAUACAAUGCGUGGAGAGAUGACCAACCAAUCACUGUUAAUGAGGUGAGUGGAACCUCAACCGAGCAUGUUAUUGUGAUAAAGUCUGCAGAUGCAGAGGCUGCAGGUCCUGGAGGAUCGUCACUGGACAGGCAGGAGAGGACUGAGGGAGAAAACCCACGACACAGAGACAUCCAGACUGGAGCGCCCCCUGUAGCCAAAGAGGACCUGGCUCAGAGUAUUUACUUUACGGAGGAGGAGGGUCCAGAGGUGCUGCUGGUGAAGGAGGAGGGUUGUGAGAAGGGUCUGGGGAACCCUGAGGGGAACAUGGUCAUGGAGGACAGCCGGACUACACCUCCUCUUGAACCCACAGAGGAACCAGCUGAGCAGCACAGGACCACACACAGCCUCACUGAGUCAGUAGACAUGGAGGAUGGGAAGCCUGAUCUGCUGCUGGUCAAAGAGGAGACUAUAGAAGAUGGACCAGAGAAUAUUGAUCUGCUGAGUGGAUUAAAGAUGAGGGAGCAAGGUGUCUUUCCUUAUGCUGGACAAAUUUGCCUCAAGAAUCCAUAAAUUCAAUACCUGGCAGUGUGGUGCCAGGACAACAACCUCUCCCUCAACAUCAGCAAGACAAAGGAGCUGA